CAUCUAGGUCGGCAUCAGUCACGCUGCUCGCUCUAGAUCUCCCAUGGUUCAGGACUCCACCAGAUGCCACCAACCGAAGCGGAGCAUGUCAAGAUGCGGUUGGGCAGAAGAUCAAACAUUACGGCGUGCAUCCGAUGUAGGCGAAAGAAAAAGCGGUGCGACCAGGAGCUUCCUAAAUGUGGCCUUUGCGAGGAUGCUGGUGCCGAAUGUGUAAGCUACGAUGCGGCAUCCCAGAGACAAAUGCCUCGAAGCUACGUGCGCAACCUCGAAAAACGGGUCUCUGACCUUGAGUCGAAACUACGGGAUCUUGGUAUUGAGAACCUUGAUGUGGAAGAGGAACCACGUAGUACUGGCUUCGAAGUCAUGCACUCACCAUCGCCCGAGCGAACAUCAGGAGGCUUCGCAAGAAGAGAUUUAUCGAGGGACGCUGCCGCUGGAGCCGGCAACCCACUCAAUGGCAGCUCGAGCCUGCUACGACGCGAGUCCUUUGGCGAGCCGGCUUUUAACAAGAUUGUACUGACCGAUCUAAUGAGAGCGAAACCCACAGCACACAGAGCUGAAGACCCAGGGCGUGACCACAUGCAUGUUGAGCGAAACUUCUCGACCGAUGAGUUCGACACCUCACCUAUCUCGCUCCCAACGAGGAAAGGCGCUCAGAGCCUUAUCAAUGCAUACUUCCAUUUCGCGGAUCAAAGUUUGUCAUUAUUACACAAACCGACACUAGAACAGAAAGUGGAGCUUCUUUACACUACACCGCGCGUUGCCGACCUUACAGAAGCCAGCACAGACUUCAAGAUGGCAGUUUUCUUCGUUUUUGAGGCCUUCGCGGUGGCUUUGUUGACACUUCAAAAGUAUGACCCUCUGAAAAUACCAACUUCACUUGCAGAGAGAUAUCAUAAUACGGCGCUGAAGACCAUCAACGAAGUCGGCCUACCCAGCGAUCUAGAAGGAGUACAAGCUCUUUUGCUGAUCGCGCAGUACUACUAUCACCACCCGACAGUUUGGGCUGUAUGGAAGACGGUAGGGAGCGCCCUACACCUCGCGGUAGAACUAGGCCUACACCAAGAUCCACCAGCGGGCGAGAGGCUAGACGCUGUUAUGCUUGACAACUUAAGGAGGACAUUUUGGGUUGGGUACACAAUGGAUAGGAGUAUCUCAAUGACUCUGGGGCUACCAACUCUAUUAUCAGAUGGAGCGAUUACGGCAAAGUUCCCCAGUGAAGAGCCAGAUGAAAACAUCACAGUCAACGGUAUCACUAUCGGGAAUAUAGCUAUACCCAAGCCGAAGCGAUUGGGCCUCCACUUGCUACGCUACCGCCAGCUCCAGUCCGAAAUGCGCAUGGUGCUGUACGAGAAAUCACCUGCAGCUUCAGCCUACAUUCCAGUCGAUCUGGAUAAGUGGCAGCAUCAGAUGCAUGAGCGCAUCAAAAGCUGGUAUGCUGAUACUCCCAGUCGUCAGUCGCUAACCCAUCGCGAAGAACGAUACAUUGAAAAUCUCGAGGUUACAUACUACGCGGCACUAUUUUACCUCUAUCGUCCGUCACCCAAUGUUCCUAAUCCAUCCAAGGAGCUUUUGAUGGCUCUUGCAGACGCCACGAUGAAUAUGAUUCGCCUUUAUCGCCUAUUUUUCACCAAGAAGCAGCUCACCAUAUACUGGCUAGCGGUGGAUAAUUUGUUUUCGGCAGGGACUGCAUUGAUUUACGCUUAUGUAAACUCGACCCUGGUCCAAGAGCGUAUCACGUUGCGCAACCUGGAGUCGAUGAUGCACACCUGCUCAUCUGUCCUAUGGGGCAUGGUCGAGCACUUUCCCAACUUCGGAGACAAGCGCGAUAGAUUUGAUGCAUUGGCUUCCAAGACCCUCAAAGAUCUCGGCACGGCUCACAGCGAGUAUGCUGCGACGGGCCUUUCCUCUACACCUAUUUUGGGGCCACAAGGACAACAGCCGCCAGUCUUCGAGGCGAAUGGCGCAGAUCAAGCGCCACAUCCUGCUUAUACAAUCACGUCAGCCGAUGACCAAAACCUCAGUCAAUACGCUCAGUUGCCACCACUGAUGGCUGGUGUCGAACCCGGCACGAACGUGGCCCAUAUGCCCUUCUCUUUCUCCGACUUCGACGGCAUAUCUUUCAAUUGGGAGACUCUUGAAAACACCAUUGACUUUUGUACACCCUCUUGGCUAUAAAAUGAGAAACAAAACGCGCGUGUGAGCAUGGAGGAAACGAUGAAUAAAUGACGGCUCUGUGGUGUGUCUGACAUUUCCACCGAUACGACCCCUUUGAUGUGGACAACCUCUACAUUGAUUCUUAUUGAGAAGACGCUCCCCGGAA